AUGGCUUGCAUUGACGGAACAACGCUUGAGGGAGGCGGCCAGCUUCUCCGCAUCUCGGCGGGACUGUCUGCUCUGACGGCAGAACCCAUCCGUAUCACCCGCAUUCGAGCAAAUCGCAGAGGAAAGAGGGGGCUGAAAAGGCAGCAUUUGUCUGCCGUCCAAUGGUUAGCCCUCGCCAGCAAAGCCAUCACCGUGGGUGCUGAGCAGGAGAGCCAGACUCUCGACUUCUUCCCGCGCGCCGAUUUCGACGGCACAACCAAGUCUUCUCAGAAAGCCAAUGUCAUCGAUAUUGGAAGCGCUGGCAGCAUCGGUCUCGUAUUCCAAGCCAUUCUCCCCUUUAUCCUGUUUUCCGGCCGCUCGUCAAGGAAACCAUUCUCGAUAACCAUCCACGGCGGAACGAACGUGUCUCUUUCGCCGUCGUACGAUUACAUCAACCAGGUCCUACUACCCACCUUGUCAUUAAUUGGGCUGCCACCGGUCACGACGAAACUCCACGAAAGGGGCUGGAUGCGCGGCCCCAAGGGCGCAAUCACCUUCAACGUCACCUCCGUAACGCGCGGCCAAAAACUCAAGCCAUUUCGUCUGGAGAACCGGGGAGCGAUUCAAAGCAUAACAGCAACCAUCCUCGCUCCCUCGUUCUGCCAGAGUCAGGCCGAACGCGAGCUACGCAGAGCGCUUGGCGCCAGCUUCCCGGACCUCGGCGAGGACGCCUUCACGGUGAACUUUGAGAAGAGCCCGCAGAAGGACCUGUACUUGCUUCUCGUCGCGACAUCAACCAACGGCCAUAAGCUCGGCCGCGAUUGGCUCUACAACGAAAAGAUCACCGCCGUCCCGGCAGCGGUGGACAAGUUGAUCCAACGGGUCACCGCCGAGUUGGUCACCGAGGUUCGACAUGGUGGUUGUGUGGAUGAGCAUUUGCGCGAUCAGCUCGUUGUUUUCCAAGCGCUUGCGGACGGCCAGAGCUUCGUGGAUGGAGGCACGAACGAGCGUUUGGAAAGAGUUGCGCCGAGUCUGCACGCUCGUACUGCGGAAUGGGUGGUGGAGAAGAUCUUGGGCGCGCGAUUUGAUGGUGACGGCAGUUGCGAGGGCGUCGGGUUUGCGGCGGGGGAGCGCCAUGCCAGGAAGCACAAUCCGAAGAUCAAUGAGCUUCGACAGCGAAAGCAGCCAGAAGUUGCGAAGACGAGUGGAUGCAGUCAAGCCAGCAUCUUUUCCUCUACCACUGCGGAGCAAAAGGCAUGUGGUACCUGGACGAGCGGCCUGCGCAUUAGCGUCCGUGAUGCGUAUUUCAACGAUCUUAUAACCUUGACCCCAGCGUGUCCUUCCGACUUCAACCCAUCACUUCCCUCUCUUCAUCAGCUGUGCGGCGUUCCGGCAGGCAAGCGGCAAAUCAACAUGGCGGAAGUCGAGAAGAAGAUUGCGGACCCCGUGUCGGUGCCGGAAUCUGACGUGGCCGAGGGUUCGCUGGAGGCAGCCGUGUUCGAUCAACGGAUGCAGGAGGACAUUGGCGCGCAGCUUUAUCUCGAGGUCCAGCAGUACUCCAAGGAAGAGCUUGAGGCGGAAAGAAAAAAGGUUCUUAGGAAAAUCGACAGGGUCAUCCUGCCCAUUAUCUGCAUUACCUACACCCUCCAGUUUCUUGACAAGCUCUCAUUAAACUAUGCGUCAGCAUACUCCUUGAAAGAGGACCUCGGUCUCGGCGGCCAACGCUAUUCUUGGACUGCAUCCAUCUUCAACUUCGGCUAUCUGUUCUGGGCCAUCCCAUCCAAUCUCCUCAUCCAGAAAUUGCCAGUUGCGAAAUACACCGGUGGCAUGCUUCUCGUCUGGGCUAUCAUCCUAGUCUGCCACGUCGCAGCCAAGAACUUUGCCGGCAUGAUGAUUCUUCGCUUCGUCCUGGGCAUGUUCGAGGCAGGCAUCUCGCCGGCAAUCAUGAACAUCACUUCGAUGUUUUACACCCGCAGCGAGCAGCCGUUCCGCAUGUGUCUGUUCCUGGCGUUCAACGGUAUGGCGACCAUGGUCGGCGCCCUGCUUGGCUACGGCCUCGGCCACGCAACGAACCAUUCCCUCAAAGCGUGGCAGCUCAUCUUCCUGGUCAUCGGCGUGCUCAACUUCGCCUGGGGAAUCAUCUUUCUCUGGCUCAUGCCCGACUCGCCCAGCCAAGCCAAAUUCCUCACGCACAAGGAAAAAGUCGUCGCGGUGCACCGCAUCGCCGAGAACAUGAUGGGCGUCAAGAACAAGCACUUCAACCUGCGGCAAGCGCUCGAAGCGACGUACGACCCCAAGGUCUGGUGCCUGGUCCUCAUCGGCACCGCGUGCGGCAUCAUCAACGGCGGCGUCUCCAACUUCGCGUCGUCGCUCAUCAAGGGCUUCGGUUUCUCGGGCAUCUACGCCACCCUGCUGCAGCUGCCCACCGGCGCCAUCGAGUUCGUCGUCGUCCCGCUGUGCGGCAUCGCCGCCGGGUAUUUCAGGGAUGUGCGCUGCUGGCUGCUCAUGUUCAUCUGCUUGCCGCCGCUGGCCGGCCUGAUCGGUAUCAGGCUGACGAGUCUCGAUGAGCGCUGGAGCUUGGUCGGGUGCACGUGGCUGCAGUAUAUCGUCGGUGCGCCUGUUAUUCUGGCUUGGAACGUCAUGACGAGCAAUGUCGCUGGCCACUCGAAGCGCACGCUAACGAACGGCUUGUGGUUCGUGUGGUACGCUGCCGGUAACAUUGUUGGUGCCCAGAUCUUCUUCACGCGCGAGGCGCCGAGGUACUCGUCGGCCAUUAUCGCCCUGUGCGUUUGCUAUGCUGCGAUUAUUGUGCUGGGCUUUGUGAUGAGGCAGGUCAUGUGGUGGGAGAAUAAGAAGAGGGACAAGGCCAUGGGUGUCGGGGAGCGGACGGUGAAUGGCGCAGAUGAAGCCGCUAUGAGAGAGGGUUUCAGGGAUCAGACGGAUUUGGAGAAUAAGCAUUUUAGGUACUGUUUGUGA